CAACAACAAUAAGCAUAUGUUUAAAGCUAGACAUGAUCCUUAAAAGGAACAGGUUAAAGUUUCAUGUUUAACCAAAUAAAUGUUACACUGAAUAAGACAAAUCUUUCAGACAACAUCCGAAAGCUACUUUGUCCAGCUUUUAUCUUUCAGCUGUUACUGUCUCUUGGACGUUUACGAGAAAGAGAGAGCUUCCAGCUUAUUUCAAAACUCAUUUUGGGAAAUGGGAUCCUGGUUUCUAAGAUUCCAUGAACAAUUUUCCUACGCGCCUUCUCUGUUCUUAAAUAAUAUCAUCAUAUAUCUUUUUCUUCAUUUGUAUCGAUAGCUUUUGUUUGUUACUGCAGGGCUGGCAUUUGUUCACACAUGACAAAAUCUAGAGCAAUAAUUAUAGGCAAUGAUUGCUGGAACAAUUUUAAUGACUCCAAAUGUUGUCUGUGAUUUGGUUUUAUGGAAGAAACAGAAGCUACAAGCGCCUAUACAAAAAAUAAAAUGGUACAACAGUACAUUGGAAAUAACUAGGCUGAAGCUGAAGGAGCUACCUUUUCUUGAAGAUUCCGCCAAUUCUGAAGCAUGGUCUAAAGAAAACCAUGUUCCUCAAGAAAAUGGUGGUUCAAUAGAGUUGGCUACGGACUAUGUGAAGCCUACAGACUCAAGAACUGUAUAUGGAAUGAAAAAGCAAAAAAUACAGCAGAAUGAGAUUCAGUACCACCAGAAGGUGAAGAUGGUGAAGAGAGAAACUCUAGAGGAUUUGAUCUUAGCCUCACCAACCAGGAAAGAAAAAUGUGUUAGAACCGAUGCUGCUACUAUACAACGCAGCUUUGUCAUAAGAUUCUUCAAGAGAAUCUGUCCCCCCUUCACUGAUGACUAUGGAGUUACUAAUGUCUCUAGAUUCAAUGUUCACAAUGGUUCGAUGGAGAGUGUUGUGAAUGUUAAAGUAGUUGAUCACAUUGGAAGAACAAAUGAUGCUCCAUUGAGCAGAUGUAAGAGUAGAAAUAUAAACAAAAAGGUGAGCUUUAGGGUGCCAUCUGAGGAUGAUAUAAUAAUAUUUUAUGAUUCUAAUGAGGAAUCAGAGAAUUGAGAAUUUUAACCACUAAGUCUUAACACUCAUUUUGGUUUGUGCUGUGACGUUUCUUAAUGUGUGAGAGUGACAUCUAUAUAAAAAGAGGUGUAAAUGGGAGGAAUAAUUAAUGGAACAACUUUAUGUUUCUAAAUGUAAUGGCCUUUGCUGUUAGCUGAACAUAGCCAUUGGUUUGCUAACAUCACCUGUCUUCUGUUUUUUAUAUCAUGAAUUUUAUUUUAUCAGUCAA